AUGCAUCUUGUCAGCUUCUUGUAUCCUGCGCUCCUGGCCGCGAGCGGCGCAGAUGCCCUACGUUCCGAUAAAGUCAAGCUCUCCAAUAUCCAGAGCCUCACGUUGCGCAAAGGCCUACAAACCUCAGCACGGCGCGUUGAUCCUAUCCCUCAGCUGAAAUGCGUUGGCGGCUCCGCUCGUGGCCUCUAUGAACCCGAAGUAAUGCGAUGCAAGAACAGUGGCUCCGACUACGACGAAAACUCCAUACAGUGGACCUGUACAGCCUCGCUCCCCGAAGAAUUCAAGCUCGGUUCCACCGAUGUUAUCUGCGAAGGCUACGACUAUCCCGAAGACCCAUAUAUUCUCAAAGGCAGUUGCGGGGUAGAGUAUCGUCUUAUCCUCACCGAUCGCGGGCGGGAGAAGUACGGCAAAGGAGGAGGAUGGAGUGGUGACGAUGAUGAUAGACCUGAUGGUCCGAGGACCACAGGCGAGAAGAUUGCAGGGGUACUCUUCUGGAUGCUGUUUGGUGGUGUUGUGCUGUGGAUGAUAUACUCUGCGCUUAGAAACCGCGCACAGGGCCCUGAUGGUGUACCGGGCGUCAACAGACCUGGUUGGGGUGGCGGCGGUGGUGGUGGUGGUGGAUGGGGAGGUGGCUACAAUGAUGACAACGACGACCCUCCUCCACCAUACUACCCGAACCAGCCCAAUAAUCCCAAUAAUCCCAAGUCUGGGUAUGGAACCAACCAAGGCUGGCGUCCUGGCUUCUGGUCUGGUGCUGCAGGUGGCGCUGCAGCUGGAUGGGCAGCGGGCCAAUUUGCAAACAGAGGAAACAGGAGCAACCAAACCGGUGGUUGGAGAGAUGGAAACGGCAGUGGAAGUCGUUGGAAUAAUGGCGGAGAAGGAAACUCGAGAAGUUCAUCUGGUGACAGCUUCUCCAGCACAAGACAUGAGAGUACUGGAUUUGGUGGUACCUCGAGACGAUGA